CUCACUCUCUCCUCUCCCCCACCCACUGGAGCCACAGAGAGCCCUGACCUGGGCCAGCCUGACUCUGUCAGUCUCACUUGCUCUGUGGCCAGUCCUCCUACUGGUGACUAUCAAUACCAGUGGCAGUGGUGGAGGAAUGGGACACAACUGAGCAACACUGACACUCGAUUCUCUAUCACACACUCCACCAACACUCAGUCCAGUAGUCUAGUCAUAUCUGGUCUCAGAUAUUCUGAUGCAGGAGACUACAUGUGUACAGUGGAGUAUGGAGCAUGUCCUGAUGGAGUGGAUUGCAGUGGAACCACACCAGUCACUGGAAACAUACGUCUCGACCUUCCAUUAAAAGUGGAGGUAAAGUCCUCAGGACUGGUGGUGAGAGAAGGAAGUGAGGUGAUUGUUCUGACAUGUGAGGUGUAUGGCUAUCCUCGAGACUCCUCACCUCCCAAGUGGAGCUCUCCUGGGAGAAACCUGGAGACUGGCAGAUUCAUCACUACUCUCAGUGACACUGGUCCCCUGAGUGGUGGCAGUGUGUCCUCCACUGACAAGGUCACUGUGUCUCAACUCACUAUCUACUGUGCAUCUGAGACAGACAAUGGAGAGUACACAUGUUCAGUGGAUGGGGAGUCAACUUCUUUCCGUGUUGAUCUAGGUAACUCAGAAACAGGAGCCGACAGCAAUGAGUCUCUGACUGGUGCAGUGGUGGGACUGGCUGUAUUGCUCCUCGUCUCAGUGACUAUCAACCUACUGUUAGCUGCCCACUGGAUGUACACACUGAGACGGAGGGGAACAAAGAGUGGUGGAGAGGGUCCUGGGAACCAGGAACAGCUGUAUGAGGUGGUCGAUGGUGAUCAGCAACUCAAUGCAGCACGAGAUGAGGUCUCUCUGAAAACCAAUGAGGCUUACGGGAAAAUCAGCACCCAGAACACGACCUCUGCACCCAACACUGCACUUUGACUCAGAUUUGUAUAUGUAACAUAGAGCACGCAUGCCUGUACGUUAGGAGGAUGUGAUGUCACCAUUAUUGUGUGUAUAAAUACCCAUGUCUUUGUAGUAGAGUAUAGAGAGCUUGUGUUCUUCAUGAUGUUAUGUUUUUGUGCAUGAAAAUUUGAAAUAGCCAUCAUUUUGUCUUUGACAAUAAAAGUGUUGUGUGUAAACCAAGAAAUAGUUGAGUUGUGUGCACUGUAAUCACAAGCGUAGUCAGUCAGACAGCAGUGACGAACAUGAUCUUUGAGAGAGUCUUCCUCUGUAGCAUUUCUCUCAAUUCAUCUGAGCUCACAGCAAGAAUGUCAGAGUGGAGUGUAUUCAGGAAUUCGAGAUGCUAGAGAUACAGUAGCUCCAGUGGCAUACAAUGGUAUUGAGCCAGACACAACAGGCUGUGUGGUGAGAGCUGAAGGAACGUUCUUUGAGUGUGAGGCAGGAGGAGUGUUGAGUGAUGGAGACAUUGGACCUACAGACUCAGUGGAUGUCAGUGAUCAAGACCAGGUCACCAGGUUCUUUGUCUGGCAUCGAGACAAUGGCUCUGUGGGACUCUAUUUCACUGCCACUGAUAUCUCUACUGUGUCCUGCAUGGAAGUCUACUUCUU